AUGGUUAGAAUUACAAAUAGUCUCUAUCACGAAGCAUAUGAAUACAUCAAGCAAGACUCUGCCAUGGGAGGCAAUUGCAUUAUAUUCGCAGCUUCUGAUGUAGAUUCCAUUUGUGCGGUUCACAUCUUUCAGGCACUGUUAAGGAGUGAUAUCAUACCUCACAAAAUUGUUCCUGUUUCAGGCAUGAAGGAUUUGGAAGACGCCAACGAGAAGCUUGUGUCCAAAGAUGAAAAUUUGCGUUCCAUCGUCAUGAUCAACUGUGGGGGAAGCAUCAUGAUUGGCAACUUGUUUACGGCGCAUGCGGAUACAAAAGUGUACAUCAUUGAUAGCCAUCGACCACUGUUGCUGGAAAACCUGCUGGAUGACAACAAUCACAUUUGCGUAUUUGAUGAUGAAAGCAAUUCACAUCAAAUGGGGACGGCGAUCAGUGCAUUCGAAAUGUUGAUGGCAGCAGAGGAUGAAGAUUCGAACGAAGAGGACGAUGAAGAGGAAGAAGAAGAUGAAGAUGGCAGACCACUUAAUCCUCGCAGUAGACAAAGAAGACGGCUCAAUGAAGCGUUGACGCCAGCGCAGAGAAGCGAAAGACGCAAGGCCCGCCAUACAGUCAUGGAUUAUUACAACCAAGGUGUAUUCUUUGCAAACUCAGUAUCUGGAUCAGUGUAUAAUUUGGCGCAACAAUUAGGAAAGACGAAUAACGAUUUAUUAUGGCUGGCCAUUGUUGGAGUGACAUCGCAAUAUGUGUUUGAGCGAAUUGAUACGAUCAAGUAUGGAGAGCAGGUGGAUAUAUUUCGAGAUGACAGAGCAAGACUCAACGUAGACAUGGGCGCCGACAAUCACUCGCAAAACAAAAACACUGCUGUCAUCAGAUCAGAGGACGAAUACAGAUUCAUGAUGUUCAGGCACUGGAGUUUAUACGACAGCAUGUACCAUUCUGGCUAUAUAUCCAGUAAAUUAGCGGUCUGGAAAGACGCAGGAAAAAAGAGACUGAACAACAUGUUUGCCAAGAUGGGCUUCUCUUUGCAGCAAUGUCAACAAGUAUAUACCCACAUGGACAUGGAUUUAAAGCAGAUGCUCAGAAACAAAAUCGAAGUGGUGGCCCCACUGUACGGCCUCACUGAUAUUUGUUUCCCCAGUUUUACGAGAAGCUAUGGAUGGGAGUGCUGUCUAUCAGCAAGUGAUGUUGUCUAUUCAUUAUCGACCAUUCUAGAGACAAGUCCUGCUGCUGCUAUUCGGUUAGGCGUUGAAAUUGAGCAUCGACAUGGCAAUGACGAUGACUGGAAGCCAACACAUUUAUCCUCAGACACAGCAGAGUUACGAUGUGGGAGAAGGGAUUGGUGGAUGCGAAAUUUCUAUACCGCUUAUGAUGCUCUGAAAGAUACAUCACCAAGGAUCAUUUCGCAAGGCUUGCGGUUGUGCAUGGAAACUCAAAAAGCAAUUGUACGACAAGGCACCUCCGUCAUUGACAAGCGUAUGGUCAAGCUGCUAAAGAACUUUCGAUUUGUGAAUAUACGAAAUACAGCUGAACUACCCAUGUUUCAACACCCUUCCUCAUUGACAAAACUUGGCUUGUUCUUGACAGAUGCGUACAGAGAACACGGAAAGAAGAAUUUACCCAUUGUCAUCUCUUCGUUUGAUGAAGAAUACAAUACAUGUCUAGUCAUCGCACUCUCAGGUGCACCCAUAUUCGGCGAAGUGCGCAAAAACACAUUUGGCUUGGCAUUUGAAGAAGCCGUGGAAAGCACCAAAGCUAGAAUAUCGUUUGACAGUUUCGAUCAAACAGUCAUCCAAGUACAUAAUAACGAUAUUGAGCAUUUUAUUGAGUCAUUGCAUUAUAAAACACGAUAA